AAAUCACGUAUACAAACACAAAAGUGUGUCUCAAAAAUUGUCUCUCUGUCUGUUUAUAACUUCAGCUAAGUGUGAAUAUUUUACCGGAUUUCUGAGCACUUCACAGAGAAAAAAACAUAAUUCAACAAGCAAUAAUUAUAUAAUGUGUAUUUAGAGAUUACAUUGAUCGAGAAAAAAACAACAUGUAACAGUGUUUAAAACUGCAUAUGAGAAUCAAAAUGGCGGAUAAGGAAGUUAAAAUCACCAUAAAAUGUUAUAUUUUGAUUGUUGUCUUUUCCGAUUUGCUUCUAGCAAAUGCACUGCAUCAAAAUUUUCAUCAAACAAAACUAGUAUUUGAAACUGACGCGUCAUCCCUGCCGAUGUUUAACCGGCAUAACGACAUUGAAGAAAACAAUGGAUAUCUCCACAACCUGGCCAAAAGAGCUGUGGCAUAUGAUGAUGUGUGUAAAAACCUGAACGAUCAGCUGCAACGUAAUCUGACGGGUACUUUUAUACAUCAUACUUAUAUGAAAAGGGGAUCAGCAUUAGCAGUUGCAUGGGUGGGUGAGAAUAACAAGAACUUGAUUAUUGUAACAGUUGUUAAUGAGGGAUUUGUGGAAUAUUCAAGACAAUCUACUGUAUUCAGAAGUGUUGAUUAUGGUGCAACUUAUCUCAAUUUAACACAGUCUUUCGGAUUAUCUGUUAUUAAGAAGCACAGUGGGUUACAGCGACAUCCAAAUGACGCUAACAAGGUGUAUCUAAUUGGUGAAGGCAACUAUAUGUAUACAACAGCGGAUGGUGGUCUGUCCUUUCUAAAGAUAGAUCUACCAUUUUCAGUCAGUGGAGAAUUGAUUUUCAGUAACUAUAAUAGAGACCACUUGAUGGCACUAGAUACAGACAAGAAACUGUUUGUCUCAAAAGAUAAUGGCGCAAAUUGGAAGCAGGUCAAUAUACAAGAAAACGUAAAUAACGAGAAGAAAUUCCAAAAAGCAGUUUGGGGUAUAAAACCGGAAGAAGACGAAGAUCAAGGGACCAACCCAGACACAGCUAAUACUAUAUAUUUUACCUAUGGUUCUUCUGCUGAAUCAAAUUGGUAUCAUAACAAAAGUAAUGGGUUGACUCUCGCCAAAUCAACAGAUGGUGGAAACACUUACACUGAUCUCUUGUCAGCAGUUAUAUCGUUUGAACGUAAAGGAAAGUUUUUGUUUGCUUCGCAGAGCAUAUUCCCAGAUGAAUUUGUGAAUGGGCCUAGCCAAAUACGGAUAUCUACUGAUGGUGGAAACAACUUUCAGAAGAUCAAGAUACCUACUACAGCGCCACCCGACGCUUUCCGUGUAGUGGAUAUUGAUCAUAACAGGAUAUUUGUGCAUGUGGACGAGAAGGACGGCACGGGUCUUGGAACACUCUACAUAUCAGACAGCCAAGGGUUACUGUAUUCAAGAUCACUUAACAGACACAUGUUUGCUAAUUACAACGACGUCAGUGGCUUUUACAAGGUAAAGUCGAUGCGAGGUGUAUACAUGACCAGUCAGAUCAGUAGAGAUGGAUCCAUACAUACCAAGAUAACAUAUAACCGUGGAGCUGAUUGGCAGAACAUUUCUAGACCAGAUGGUGUGCCUUGUAAAAACGAAUCAAAGGAUUGUUAUUUGCAAAUACACGGCAUGUACAGUAUUAAACGUGGGAUCAAUACUGAACUUCCUAUUAGCCAGUCAACAGCUGUAGGAUUGAUUUUGGCACAUGGGCAUGUAGCUGAUGCCUUGCAGAAGACAGAUCCGGAUGUCUUUGUAUCAAGAGAUGGUGGUUAUACAUGGCACCUGGCUUUGGAAGGACCACACUUUUACGAGAUGGGAGGUUACGGGGGAUUAGUGGUGGCAAUUUCCAAUUCAGAAUCAUAUCCACAAAUCGUGAAAUUUUCUUUCGAUGAAGGGAGAUGUUGGCAUGAAUAUAAAUUUACAGAGAAAAAUCUCAAUAUUACAGGCAUUUUAGCAAACCCGACGAGCUUAGCUGUAAUGGUGUUUGGUUAUAUAUCUUCGACUAAACAGUGGGAUGUGACAGUGAUAGAUUUCAGGAGAAUGGUUCAACGAAAAUGCUCUAAUGAUGAUUAUGAAUCUUGGACAACACUGAAUACCAACAAUAGCUCAGAAGUAAAGGGGUGUGUACUUGGCACUAAGGAAACAUUUAAAAGACUGAAGAAGGAUUCACUGUGUUUCAAAGGACAUGACUACGUCGUGAACAACACUAUGGAAGAAUGUGUAUGUACAAAGGAAGAUUAUGAGUGUUGGACAUCGCGUCCCUCUUUGAUUGUGUCUGACAGAAAUGGAGGAGGACUCUAUGAUAAGCAGUUUGUAAAUCCUACCAGUGACUAUGGUUACAUGCGAGAUGGAGUUCCUCACGAAUGUAUAAAGGAAACAUUUUUCAGAGCGGAAGUCAAUAAAUGUUUGUCAAAUUACGAUACCAAGAACUUUUUACUCGGUUACAGAAAAAUUCCCGGUAACAAAUGUGUAGGGGGAUUUUCACCACCGAGCAUUACUGACUCACGAAAGAUGUGCAAUGAAUCUCAUAAUACAACAGAGAAAACACCAGAAGUAGACGAACCUCAAGGUAUAUCCACUACUCCAGAACACUCUACAAAAAUGGACAACGAGAUAUCCAAACAACCUGAUGACACGACAAGUAGAGACAAACAGAUAUCUAAAACAAGUAAGAAAAUAAAGCGAAAGCAAUCGGUCAACAAACUAGCUAUCACUGUUCCUGUUGCUGUAGUAACCAUCUUGCUUGUAGUUUCCAUUUUGGGAAUUUUCCUUGCAAGGAAAUAUGUGUCACAGAGAAGAGGGUCAAGCGGUAAGAUCGUGUGGCACACAAAAGGACAGGACAUAUAAACUUCGUUUGACAUACCGAUGUGAAGUUUAAAACAUGUGACGUAAAUGUUAAAUACCAUACGAAAAAUAAUGUUUUGUUGCGAAAAAAUGCAGCAAGUAAUCAUGCCAAGGACAAUUUGGUGAUCCUAAAUGUCUUGAAAAUAUUUACCAUGCAAUACUGGCCUCGGGUGUAUUCACUUUGCUAUAUCCACGUCACUUAACACUGAUCUGUGCGGAAUUAAGUUUGAACUGGUACUAGAGCUCAAGAUAACAUGACGUGGUAGAUACACCUUAUUGAUAAAUAUGAUCAAACAUAACGUAAAGUGCAUUUAGUUAGAAGGGGAUUACUUAGAAAAACUUAACUGUUCGCCAUUUGAUAAACACACCUAUUAACAGUUAAUGGUACUGUCCAAACUGCAAGAUGGACAAGUUCAUUAUAGAAAUUUAGCAGGGUAAGGGUUAGCGUCACUAUUCUGAUCUUUGAUAAGCUCUGUACAUGUAUUCUAGAUACAAAGAUCGUUUUAUUUUCCUUUCUAUACAUUGAUAGUUAUCAAGGCUUCGUAUUUACAGCUAGAGAUACACAAUGUACUAGCUAUUUUAUCUGUAAGCGCAACAAAUUCGUGAACACAGUUUGUCACCUUCCAAAUUAUGUUUCAAGUAGGACAGACAUUUAGUGAUGCGUCCUUUUGAAUUUGAACAAAUGUGAUAAACUGGAGAAAGGAAGAGAUGAUAUUAAAAUGCUGAAAUAUGUAACCUUUCCAGUUUAAUUAUGUUAAAAAUAUGGCUUAUGUACAUGCUUUAUCGCAGUUUGAUUUUGUUUUUCCAUUUACUUGAAAUGAAUUUAUCGAUUGGUAAUAAACUAAAAUCGUAUCAUCAUUGUAAUCAGAAUGCAUUUUAUUACAAUCAUAUCUGUUCAUCCAUACAUGUUUAAUGACUGAUAUGUUUCCAGAAGGAACGUAGAUUCCGGAAAUUUUAAACAGAUGCUCCAAAAUAAAUACAAAUUUGUUAUAUUAAGCAAUAUAAUUUUUCACAUAUUGUUUAUAAACAAAGACAUUUACUUAAUUUUUUUAUUUUUGUUCGAUUUUUCAGACUGAAGGAAUUGAAAGCGAGUUUUUGAAACUUAACGAUCGGUUUCAGAUCAAAAGUUGUAAAUGAAAGUCAAACCAUUCUUUAACAAAACUGUUAAAUUGAUUUCAAAGGAUUGGCUUUGUGUCAGCAGAAAUAAAUGAAACCAAUAAACCUUUCCAUUUUCAUCGGGGUUAUUUUUCACUCAUGAUGAUUUGUCCGGCAGUCCUUCGUAAGUCUUAUGUAUUUGACCCAUUGUAUUUACUUGCCUGUAAUUAUUGCUAUUUAAUACAUUGUAUUUUCUCGCCAGGACCCAGUUGUUUGAAACUUUACUGGCUUUUAAACCAACUGGUUGUGAAUUUUUGAUGCAAAAUAUAAGUAUUGGUUGGAAACACUAGUUUGAUAUUUCGAUCUUACUCUAAAGACGUUUUAGUCUCCAUAAUACGUAACUUUUUUUAAAAUGUCGAAAUAUAACUCUAAAAUGUCGAAAUAUAACUCUAAAAUGUCAUCAGUACUUAGCUUAAUCAUUUGUUUAAAUUUUGAAGAACUGGUCCGAAAGUUGUAACACUUUUUCACAUCGUUUUUUUCAAGAGUAGUUAUUACCCUUAAUAUAAUAUAAACACAAUCUAGCAGUAGUUCGAAGAGCUAAUUUAUCCAUUUCCGUUUUUUAAGUUUAAUAUAGGUCGUAAAUUUGAACAGAGCUGAACUAGAAAUUAUCUAUGACAAAAUGCAAAAAUAUUAUCAGUAUCAACAUCGAAUUGUUUCUGAAUAAAUAAUAAUAACUCAUGCAUUAUGUUGGUGUAAUGAACCCGUUAUAUUGUUUUGGAUAGCAGAAAAAAGUUCGUAGAAAUAUGCUCUGUGUAAGUUGAUUAAAAGGUAAUACCAUUCAGCCGCAUUUUUAUUGCCAAAUUAUUUUUGGAACUGUUAGUAUAUAUUUGAAACUGGUCUAAAUGUGUUUAUUUCACAUCGUAGUACUUCCAAAUAAUGCAAACUACUUCACUUCUAUGUCGUUAGCUAUUUUAAUAAAUAAUCGGUAUAUUUGUCAA